GUUACCGAAAGACCUGUUUCAUUAUUUAUUUUUUUCCCCUAGCUUAUCUGCCUUUUAACGCGAAACUCCGCCUCCAGGUCGCAGCGAGUGGCCGCGGCAGCAGGGAAGCGCACAGACUGCCUGGCUGCCCUGCGACAGCUGCGUGUGGGGGUCCGCGACGCAGCGCAGAGCUCCGGCUUAGCGCAAAACUUAGCGCACAUCGACGAGGACAUGAAACGCGUAGGAUCGGAGCGGACCUGAGGCACGGAGAGAAGGACAGAGGGGGAGGAAGAGGAUCAUUCUCACGGUCGUGCGAGUGGUUUCCCGGUUAGGCCAUGGAGAAAACUUUGCGUCUAUUACAAAAGCCGGUAGAUACGGCGGAGCAGGUUAUGCAGGAACCGGCGCUCAGUCUGGUCACUGGAGGCGAAGGAUUUACGGAGCAGCAGAUGGGACUGUCGGACAAAAUACCUUUGGUUAAACCUUAUUUUAAGAAGAAACACGCUCAGAGGAAGUUGGACUCCAAAUGUCUAAGGGCUUUAGAGGAUCCCAUUCUCACCACGUUACUGAACUCGGACACACUUGUCGCUAGCGAUGGAGUUUUUGUGCCGCAAAACCCGGCGAGACCCCAAGCGACUCUUUGCGCUGCAGCCGUGGAGAAGCAGGCGAGGAUUAACCAGGUGUGUCUGAAGGACGACGGAGCAGAUUCCGUACUUAUAAAUGCCGGGGGAGACGGAGACAUAACCGACCCUGCGACGGAGCUCGGGGACAGGGGACAAAAGGUGACGAUGGCGCCCGAUGAGUCCCAUUUCCAGUCGCAGACACGGGACGCGGCGGCGCCUACUGCGGUCGUUUCCCCCUGUGAGGGGGGGAAAAUGAAUGGCAUCUACAGCUCCGGGUCGUUGCAGGGAGCUGAUUGCCUCCCCAUCAAAGACGGCCAACUGAAAAGCGAGAUCUUUCAGGAUAAAAGCGAAGAAGCUUCCUUGGAUCUCGUGUUUGAACUGCUGACCCAGCUUCAGUAUCACACGCAUCAAGGGGACGGGGUGGAAAUCUGCGUGGAUUUCCUGCAGGGGGUCUGUGUGUACGGAAGCGACUGCCAGCGGCACCACACCGUGCUGCCCUACCACUGGCAGAUCCGAAAAGCUCACGGCCAGCUCUGGCAAAGUAUAUCGGAUGACUCCCAAGAGCAUUUGGAAAGGCUCUAUUGCAAUCCGGACAAUGAACACGUCCGCCUUAAGUUUCACGGCCGUGCGUUCACCCUGCACUUCGGAACCAUGCAGGUGGUCGACGUGGAGUUCGACCUGGUCAGACGUCUGUCCACAUCCCCAAGCCCGACGACCACGCCCCCAAGCCCGACAGCCACGCCCCCUGUCUUGGCCAUUGCGCCCACCAGUUCAAGCCUUGUCCCCAGCUGUCACACUGUAUGGAAGUACUACUGCAGAGAUAACUUUGGCUGGAGGGAAUACUCUGAGCCCGUGGUCCGUCUCAUCGAAGAGGCUAGCAGCCGUGGCCUGAAGGAGGUCCGCUUCAUCACACUCCAGAACCAGUACAUCCUGAACAUCCGUGAGGGCUUUCAGCAGAACGCCGUCUUUGGGUUCCGCCGGCAGAUCAGGAAGAGGCCCCUCUUCCUUUCGGCUGUGAUGCUGACGCCAUACUUACAGACGCUCAGCGGACUGGGUUCCACUCAGGGCCCCGUGCCCGUCUCGCCUACCUCACCGGACCCCUCGCGGCUCUACCCCGAGACCUGGCUGCCGAUGAGCUCCUACCAGGACUUUCUGCAGGUGCCCGUGGCUCGGGAGGACCGCAGCUACCGUACCGUCUACAGCCUCUUCCACAAGACCGUGUCAGAGACCAAGUUCCGAAUUCUCCGCAUCCUCCGGGUUCAGAACCCUUUCCUCUGGGAGAAGUACAAGAGGAAGAAGGAGUACAUGUCGAGGAAGAUGUCGGAGAUGGACCGCAUGCUAAACGAGCGCCACCUCUUCCACGGCACGUCGCAGGACGUGGUAGAAGGCAUCUGCAAGCACAACUUUGACCCACGCGUGUGCGGCAAACACGCCACCAUGUUUGGCCAGGGCAGCUACUUCGCCCGUAAGGCCGUGUACUCGCACAACUUCUCCAAGCGCUCAGCGAAGGGCGUGCACUUCAUGUUCCUGGCCAAGGUGCUGACGGGCCGCGUCACAGUGGGCAAUCCCUCCAUGCGCCGUCCGCCCCCCCUCAACCCCAGGGACCCCUCUAGCGACCUGUACGACUCCUGCGUGGACAACUGGCUGGACCCCCAGAUAUUCGUCAUCUUUAAUGAUGACCAGAGUUACCCCUACUUCAUCAUCCAGUACGAGGAGGUACCCAGCACCGUGUCCGUCUGAACGACAUUGCCGGUGUUUUUGACCCUCUGUGCCUCACUUCUCCUGCCCCCAAACCCCCCCAAAUUGGGAUUUUGGGGGCCGCGCGUCUUCACCCCCCAGUGACUCCGCCCCCCCAGCAACUACACCCUCAUCGGCUUGCUUCACCUUGUUACCCCCCCCCCCCCAUGUUAUGUGAGAAGUUGUACAUACAUUUUUUUCUCUGUUUAUAUUUGAACUG